AACGCUGGACCUUGAAAUUUCACAACCGAUCCCGUUUGACUUCUAACAAUCUGAGAUCGUACACAAAUACAAUUGAUCAGGCUUGCCUGCAAGUCCUGAACAAGGCAACUUCUCGCAUGUUACUUUUUUUAGUCAAACUUCUCUGAAAUAAGACCGGGCUCGCUUCCCUUUUAUUUAAUUUUAACCAUUCGUAACUUGAAGUAUUGUAAUAUUUGGCAUCUCUCGUGCUUUUCCAGGAUAAACAAUGAAUGAAAGACUGGACUUCAACUCAACAUAUGUAAAUGGACAGACGUGGCUGGAUCCAAACUCAACAUUUGUAAAUGAACAGACAUGGCCAUUUCCGAAUCGUUCCAAGGAAUACUUCCACACACAGUACAACACCACUUAUGUUGGGUUUUACCUACAUCAGCCUCCUGUGGCAGCCACUUUCAUUGUCUCCUAUCUACUUAUUUUCCUGGUGUGCAUGCUUGGAAAUGGAGUGGUUUGUUUUAUUGUGCUCAGAAGCAAGCACAUGCGAACAGUUACAAACCUUUUCAUCUUAAACCUCGCUGUCAGUGACCUGCUGGUUGGUAUUUUCUGUAUGCCUACAACUCUGCUGGAUAACAUCAUAACUGGGUGGCCAUUUGGAAGUCUGGUGUGCAAAAUGAGUGGGAUGGUUCAAGGAAUAUCAGUGUCUGCAUCUGUGUUUACUUUAGUGGCUAUUGCAGUUGACAGGUUUCGAUGCAUUGUUUACCCUUUCAAGCAAAAACUGGCAAUCUCAACUGCAAUACUGAUUAUUGUGGUUAUCUGGGUUCUGGCUAUUUCAAUCAUGACCCCAUCAGGAGUCAUGCUACAAGUAACUGAAGAGCAAAAUGUGAGAGUGUUGUUAGGUGAAGGCAAAAAAACCAACCCUUUCUCCUGGUGCAGAGAAAAUUGGCCAAAUCAAGAAAUGAGAAAAAUAUACACCACUGUCUUGUUUGCAAACAUUUAUCUUGCCCCACUUUCCCUUAUAGUGAUCAUGUAUGCUAGAAUUGGGAUUACUCUUUAUAAGACGUCUGUGCCUGUAUCUGGAAAACCAGGCAAUGAAAACCGUCAGAUAGUCUCAAAGAAGAAACAGAGGGUUAUAAAGAUGUUACUCAUCAUUGCCUUUCUGUUCAUUCUUUCCUGGUUACCCCUGUGGACUUUGAUGAUGCUUAGUGAUUAUGCAAACCUCAGUGAGCACCAACACAGAGUAAUCAACAUUUACAUCUACCCUUUUGCACACUGGCUUGCCUUCUUUAACAGCAGUGUUAAUCCCAUCAUCUAUGGCUACUUCAAUGAAAACUUCCGUAGAGGAUUUCAGGCAGCUUUCAAGUUCCAGCUGUGCUCAGCUGAUGUAGAGCGCAAAGAGACCUACUCUCGCAGGGUCCAAGGAAAUGCUGUGCUACCAGUAAGCAUCCAAAACCCUAAUGAUCCUAUAUCAAACCUGACGAACAGCAUGGAGAACCACAGUUCCAAAAGGAAUGCUGGUCUAAAUGAACAGGACUUGAUUAUGGAAGACCUUGAAAAUGUAUCAAAUAACAAUGGUAUCCAAAGAGAUUCUUUAUAAUACCAAGCACUUAUUUAAAAAAAAAAAUCAAUAUUUUAAUUUUUGCACCAUAUUAUUAAAUUCCAAAAUUGAACGCAAAUUGAAAAAGUGGUAAAGGAAUAUCGCAGACCCAGAACAGACCAUAAAGAACAUGAGGUACAUGGGUAUAUAAUAGAAAUCUAUGUGAACCAAUUAGUGUGACAUAGGUGAACCAAAUAGCUCAUGUGCACCAUAACAUUCAACCUUUGAGGUCGCAAGCCAACUUCGGAGUCCAGGAACCAAAAGGCACACCAUUUUAUAUAAAGGUGCCGUACAGGUCCAGCAAAACCUGUAAAGAUGUGAAUGCCUGCGGCACUCAAAGCAUGUUUUGUUUCAUGCAGACCUCCCCGGCCCUCCUUCUUCGGCUUGUUGUUGGACUUUUGUGAACGCCUCUGCAAUUUAACUGGUGACCAAACAGAAAUUAGGAACUGGAGCAGCUCUAAGAUGGGGAACUCCAGUGCAAAAAUGACAGAAAGCAAAUAUUAAGGUACUGGCUUCAUCGAACCUGAGAUUUUCUUUCGUGUUAUUUUCUAAAAGUGUAAACAUUUAUGUAUAUCGGAGGACAACAAAGUUCAUUAUCACACCGUUGAGAACAAGGGUAGUAAAAUGAGAGGCCGCCCUCUUUCCAGUAGUUAUCAGAAAUAGUCUAUAAGUCAACACAAUGACAAUUCAAGUAGUACCUUUUGUGGUAGGUUAGGGGAAUUAUGAUUGGUUUAAAACAAGACUCUUACAAUCAAAAUAAUUAAUCAAACUGUUAAAUAUUCCAUAGUCUCUUCUGCAUUUCAGUGGAUAUACAUUAGGUUACCAAUCAAUGACAUUUAAUUCUUCUUCUGAUUGUAAUUUGAAGCCAGCUUGGGAUCAGUCUACAUAUUAAUUAAAUGAUAUGAUUGUUAUGAAUAUAAAAUAUAAUGGAAUGAAUUGCACUCAAAAUAUUAUGUGACCUGUUCCAAAACCUAAGUCAAACUGUCUCUUGGGCCAUUUUGGCUGGGUAUUCUCAGAAUAGGUCACAAACAUGUACUUAUAAUGUAUAUAAAUUGUGGAAAAAAAAAAAACUAUGUGGUAAUAUGUAAAACAGAAUUGACAGUGUUUGAUUGCUUUUUGGAUUCUACAUUUUUGAAUUUGAAAACCAGAGAACACAAUAGUAGGAAUGUAUAAGCAGCAUGUUGGAAGGAUGGACACAAUGCAUUUAAGUUGCUCUGCCAUGUGUAACUUAAUGUUUGCUGCAUUGGGAACUGGUCCUUUUUAUCCAGUGGUGCACGAUUUCAUGUAUUGUCUGCCUGACUUGGAGUGGAGGUAUUUUUUUCCAUACGUCACAAUUUUUUUAUUUUACAUUUUUAAGUACAUCAAUAGAGCCAGUUAUCCAAAAGCAUGUGUAUGGCCAAAUGUGUUUUUGCAGUCGUAGUGACAGGGAUAUGUACUCAAUUGACUUUCAAAUCUUGAUUCAGAACCAGCCUAAUUACUAUAGGAUUACAUUGGCCUGAAAAAGUUCCACUUACAGUAUAAGUUAAAAUACCUGUGAGAUGUAUUAGACCUUGCUGUUCUCAAGUGCCCCUGUUUCGCCUGAAAUAGUUUUCUGGACUUUUUUUCAGAAUUAUAAACAGUUUAACUGCCAAUCUCCCCAAAAACAUGGUGCCGCAUCGAGAGACUAUGGUGGUGUUGAGUUUUUCUCAGCUGUGAAAGUGGCAGUAUUUGAGUUACAGGUUACCUCUAUUUAGAUAAGCAGGUUAAUCUUGAUUCCACAAGAAUUGCUCUGCAAGUCUCUCUGAUCUCUCUGAUACAGGAAAGCAAGACAAUACCAAAAUAUAGCAUGAGAAUUAUGUGUAACACUAUGAUGGUUUAAUUAUGCUGCUGGCUCUUUAAUGAACAUGAAAAAAGAAUAUUCCCAUUAAUAUAAAUCUGCAUCAUUUGGAAAUGUUGUGAUGCUGUUUAAUUCUGCAUUUUGAGCAUUCUCUUCUUAACCUCUGGCAAGGUCGAGUUUAUUAAAUGACAUCUUGUCCAAAACAGUUGACCUUUGUUGUGCUGAUCUUAUGACAGUCUCCUACAAAUGGUAUUUUUAACUUGUGCAAAGUUACAGAUUCCUAAAUUCAUAUUUGGGAAGGGCUAAAAAAAAGAAUGGUGCCUUACUGUCCUGGGUUUGAAAAAGUCAUUGUGGGUUAAUUAAAUAAUUAUUCCCCUCAAAAAAGAUUAGUCUGGGUAAGUCCCCUUAAUAACACAGUAUUAAUAUAGUACAAACAUAACAAUUAAUGUAUUCAUAUUAUGAAUAAGUGUUGAAUGUAUCAUCAAAGAACAGUUAAUUAAUUUGAAUUGAAUAAGAAAUCUGGUGUGAAUUCAUUUGUGGCAUUCUAUUUAUGAAACUUAAAAUAACGUGAUACCGCAGUAUCAUAUGACUGCAUUUAUCAAUCAAGAAUAAAUCGAUUUUUUAAACUGUAUAACCCAGGACAGUGUUUUAUGAAUUUGAAUUGUGUUCUAUGCCUUGUGAAUAUGUCUUGUAAUAUCGGAUUGAUGUUCUCAUUUUUUGGUAUUUUCUUUUCCUAAGUAAUACCUAAUUAAUGUAAUGUAAUGUAAUUCCUAAGUAAUGUUCUAUGGUUUCCAGUAAUACAUGAUAUGAACUUUAAUAUCUUGGUGCAUCAUAAUAAAUGCAAAUCAUUUUCAAUCGUACUUUACGUGAAAAAGAAAAAAAAAAAACGUUUCAUUGAGUAGAUUUACAAACUGUUGUUUGAUGUUUCUUCGUGCAUGUUUCAAACAGUUUUGAACUACUAGAAAUAAUUUUCCACCUUAAUAGAUUUCAGGGUUAUGGCAUUCAUCUUUUGUUAGAACUCAGAUUUAAAUAUUGAGAGGGUAAGAUAGUAUAGGAGUAACAGAAAAUAAGAAGAGUUACAAUUUGUUCUGAAAUCAAGCAGACUGUAGUCAUCGAAACUUGAAAUAAAAGGUUGAUCUACGCAGGGUACCUUGAUCAUAAGACACGUCAGCCCAUCAACAAGUCAGUGCAGAAAGUAAUGGCAUGAACAGUUUGUGGUGUAUUAAAACAUUCGUUUUUUGUCUCUUAAAGGAGUGUUAACCAAGGGUGUAAAAUAGGAAUUAUUAUCUCUUUGUAGCAUUAGCAGUAUUGUAACUUGUCCCCCUUUCCUUGUAUUGCAGAUCUUUUGCUUCUUUGUUGGUGUUUGCACUUUAAUUUGGGACAUAUAACACUGGCUGUGUUUAAAAAAGACUUCUGGCACCCAGAAUUGAUCAUUGUUUUGCUAGAAUUAUGAUGUCAUCAUAUCAUCAUCAUACUAUAGUUUUCUAGAUUUUAGAAAUGAACGUUCCAAUCAUAGAACAUCUGGAGUGGGUAGGUCAGUACCAGUAGGAGUACAAUUAACAUUGUCCCAUGAGUCAAAAUGCAUCCAAUUCAAGGGACAAAUUAAAGAAUCAUCAGCUUAUUGAGACAGAAAUACACGUCCUCAUAUCCUGUAAUCCCGUUGCAAAUCUUGUGUUAAGACAUGCAUCUCGCAAAACAAACAACAAAAAAUCAAAACAAACAACGCAAGGGCCAAUGAAACUCGGUAUGAAAUAAAAAUUCCAACCUGGGAUAGGGCACAAGGACACAAGAGCCGCAUCAGUGCUUCCCCACAAUUGUCAAAAGUACAUUCUCAGGAAUUUCACAACAUACGUCUUUGAAUAAUGUCAAAACAGGUUAAUCUGUUUAUGCUGUACGUUUUCAUGCAUAUAAAUUAAAACUGUAAUAUACAGGUUGAUAUAUACACCUCCAGACUGUGGCUGAUAAAGUACUGCAAUAUCAGCAACAAGCUGGGCUCUAUGUUUAGAUCAGUCAAUAAACCCUAACCCUUACAGGCCUUCAGAUUAUAGCAUCGAAUACAUCUCUUAUACUAAUUAUAGUCAUUAUAACCUUUCUUUGAAAAUGCAUUGGUUUCGGUGUAGCGAUUCUGAUAGUCAUAAUGCUGAGUAACCAAAAAACAAAGUACAUAUUAACUGAUGUAGUAAAACGUCAUUUAAUUAGCGGUAGCAUGUUGGCACAACUUUCGCUCCUUCUCCACCCUCGCCCCGCAGUGGUGGAAUGACCUUCCUACAGAUAUCAGGACUGCCCAGUCCCUGACCUGGCCUUCUCAAGACUCACCUCUUCAGACAGCACCUGUAGAACUCCUCUUUUCCCUCUGGACACUUUAUCACUCUUCCUUAAUGCGCUUUACUUGCUCUUAUCUGCUCCCUAUUUUACUGCAUUUAAUCCUGUACUUUAGAGUACUGUAAUCUGUCACAAGUGUUAUUUAAUAUGUAGUAUUUUGUAUUUAAUUAUAUCCUGAUGUAACUAUCACUGACACUGUUAUCUGCUCCGUUAUUGAAUCCUAUUUUGUCAUAUACUGGAUAAGGGCGUCUGCUAAGAAAUAAAUAAUAAUAACUUUAGCACAGGACUUUUGAGCUGCAGUAUGAGGGAAUCUUAAUAGAAACAUUUAACAAAUAAAACUUGCCAGAGAUUGCCAGUACAAUGCUCCAGUUGCUGUAAACUGAUUACGUGAGUCAAAUUGGAACGUUUCUGUAAUAUCACUCUAAAAAUCGUUGUAAAUACUCUUUUUAAUCUUGCGAUAUAUGCUACAUGACAUAUUUGCAAAGCCGUUUCUUAAUCACUAUAAAAUGACACCCACUGGCAUAGCACUUAAACGUUUGUUGUAAACCCUUGUCAAAAUAAAAAAGGUUUUUUUGUUUUCAGGAAUAAUAGCACGACAAUCAUAGCAUUCUGCCUCUAUUUUCAUUUUAAAUGUAGCCACUGUAGAUCAAACAAAAACAUAUUUUUCUUCCUGAUAAGUAAGCACUUCCUUUGUGGUCGGAUACAUGGCCUGAUUGCAGCUUGACCAUUGGCGUGAAACUGAGCUGCAGCACAGGCUGUGAUUUCAUACAAGGAAGCAGCAUCUGCAUUUACUUACAUAGCUUUGUCUUUUAAAUAUCUGCAUAUUACAUACUGGAGUAUUGCAACACAAGCAUCUACAAGACAUCUUUGAAACCUUGGUUAACACUCCUUUUAGACAGGACCGACACGGUAUUAUAAUGACAGUGAAACAGGGCAGCGGCUCGAAAGAAUUUAGUCAGAAAGAGUUUUAAAAUGUUUUAGAUUGAAGGAAGCAUCAUAAGCAGAGCUCCAUCAUUAAAACAUCAAUACAGAAAUGUCAUAACCUUUCCAUUUAGCAGUUAUGUUUGGCUAACAUAUUAAAAUAUAUAUAUAUAUAUAUGUGUGUGCGUGUGUGUGUAUAUGAGAUGUUAUUAAUGUGUUGUAAUGAAGCACUUGUGUUUAUAUUUAAUUGAAGCUUCAUGAAAAGUAGCUGAAAGAACACAUUUCCAUUAGCAGUUAAUUACGAAUAAAGAAUGCUGCGAGUUACAAAUGUGACAUUUGAAUUACAUUUUUUAAAAUAAUUUUUCAUUUGGUUAUAAUUAGCGGUCUACUUAAAUCACGGUAAAAUGUAUGUAUUUUUCGCAAGUAGGUUACAGAAUAUAAUUAGGAUUUCGCAGACCUGUUUAAACAUUAAAUAAACCUAAGUAGACAAUAUUUCAGAGCACUAUAAAAGCCUAAAAAUAGUGCUACUUGCUUCCUUACUAAAACAGAGUGCUGUCAUUUGUUAAAGGCAAGCAUGCAGCAUCCCCCAGCAGUUGCUGCUCACAUUCUCUGUCUGGUGUGGACUUGCCCAUACAUUGAGACUGCACGUUCUGCAUCCACUGAAUUGGUUGGAAGUGUAAGGCAAAACUUUGUCAAGUUAUACAAAUCGAUUAGAAACAGUCUUAAAACACGGUUACCCAAGAGCAUCUGGCAUACUUUAAUAAAGUACUUUGCUUUUUUUGCUUUGUCGUCCAUUUCGGUUAUUUUGCCUCCAAUGCUGAAAACUAGAUUUUAGCAACCUAAAUCAAAACAAUGCAGCACUGACUUUAUACAGGUCACAGUCAGCAGUGACUUUGUAUAGUACAGGUCACAUGUCAGUACAGACAUACUGAUGGGCUCAUUAAAACACCAUUGUCAUUUGAACAGUAAAUAAGAACAUGAACUGCUUUGGAGUAUUUUGUUUGGAAAUGUUAUUUGUCUAAGUGCAAUGCACACAGGACGGUGAAGGAAUAAAAAAAAGCCUAUCUACAGAAGGAAGAUACAUCGUUUUUUUUUUUUUUUUCCCCUCCUCUCCGUACUUGUCCGGUAUGCAUUGGCUCCUAAAAAAGGUGAAUUUCGCAGUGACCCCUCAAUUUCCGCGAAAUCGCGAUUUAGGUAGACCCUUAGUUAAAAUUAUGAUGGUAAUUAGGAUUUCUAAGAAAAAAUUAGACGAUUGGAUAAUGUGAUAUAUGCAUUGCCUGUAAGUGGGUCUUAAAUCUUUUGAUUGAUUUCUAGAUUUUUAAUGUAAUAUGCAUAACCAAGACUUUGACCCAGUAAAAAAAAAAAAAAAAGACAGUGUUGGCUGAUUUUGGAAAUAACCUCUUCAAUAAUUUCUUAUUGGCAUCAUUGUAUUUGGAAUGAAUCAGCAUUUAGUUAGUGUUACCAGAUAUCCCAGUUUGACCGGUACAGUCCCCAUGUCUUUUCAGCUGUGUCCCUUUGUCCCACCAUUUUUCCCCAAAACCUUCAAAACGUCCCGGUUUGCAACCUAGCGAGACAGCAAAAAAAAUAAAAUAAAUAAUAAUAAUAAUACAUAAAUAAAUGGUAUACUCACUGUUGUAAUGUUUAUUGUGUAUAUACAGUACAUAAUAAUGGAUGUAGAGUAAACAGCAGGGGCACAUACAGGGUUGGAAGUACUCAUGAAAACAAUCACAGGUUUAGAGGAUUUCUUCUUGUAGCCAGAACUGGAAGUGUUUAACUCUUUGCAUGACAUUUGAAAGGCAUUAAAAGGUUAGAGAACCUUACUGAAAACAUGCAGUAUAGAAAGGGUGACGUGGCAAGGGAAUUCAGGCAUUGCAGCACAAGCCACGGGCUUCUCUCCAAAAUGCUGAACCCUUUUUGCACCCUGACAUCUCACUUACCUCAGGCAUGUGUGAACACACUUGUUGUUCAUUGUGCUGAAUGCAACGCUGAGGUCAUUCUCAAGAUGUUGGGGUCUGAACAAUUUGUUCACCUUAUCGUUUUGCCUCAUUUCUCCUCGCCCCAGUCUCGCUCAAGUCUUGUAUAUGUAAAUCUGCCUUCAAAGCGAUACAAGCACUAUAUUCAAACACUAUUUUCAAACUAUGUGCCCCGGUUCUAAACUUUGGAAAGCUGGUCACUCUACAUUUAGUUAUUUAAUAUGCACUCACAAGAAUACAUUUAAUUACAUAAUACUGAGGGUUUUUUUUUUAGUUUUUUUUUUAACAUAUGCUAACUAACUAGAAACACAUACUGUACAGUUUUGCUUUUGUAAUGAUAGGCUAUAUAUAUUGAGUAUGAAUAAGUAACCUGUUUAAACAGCUGUGUUGAAAUAUGUAUAUGUCUUUUUGCAAUCAUUAAAAUAAAACCAU